CGCCCUUUCUUUUCUUCCUCCAUAUAAAAAACCUUUUUUCUUCUCUAUCCCCUAAUCUUUUCUUUUCGUUUCCUUGCCAUUUUAUUAAGUAAAACCUACUCUUUUAUUCUUCUAUAUAUUUUCAAGUUCAAGCAAACAUAUACUACUAUAUAAUUUAUAAAUCUAGGGUUGUUAAUAAUAUGGAGGGUCAACCUAAUCUUUAUCAUCAACAUCAGUUUGUAAGUCAGCAAAAUUUACUGAAUAUUGAUACAAGUGGAGUUGGGGGUGGAGAUAGGUUUCCACAAUGGAGUAUUCAAGAAACAAAGGAUUUUUUGAUGAUUAGAGGAGAGAUGGACCAGAAUUUUAUGGAGACAAAACGCAACAAGCUUCUGUGGGAAGUUAUAGCCACUAAAAUGAAAGAAAAGGGUUACAAUCGCAGCGCUGAGCAGUGCAAAUGCAAAUGGAAGAAUCUUGUUACUCGCUAUAAGGGUUGUGAAACAAUGGAAGCAGAAGCUCAAAGAAAACAAUUUCCAUUUUACAACGAGUUGCAAGCGAUUUUUAUGGAGAGAAUGCUAAGAAUGGAGGUUGAAGAGGAGGAAUAUGAUGAGGAUAGUGAAGAAGAAAAAGGUUGUAAUAAAAAGAAAAGAAAGCUUAAGGGAAAAACAAGUAGUAGUAGCAGUAAUGUUGCUAGUGGGAAUUUAGUGGGGAAUUUAAAGGAGAUAUUGGAUGAGUUUAUGAAUAAACAAAUGGAAAUGGAAAUGCAAUGGCAAAAAGAAUAUGAAAGAAGGGAAGAAGAGAGGAAAAUAAAGGAGAUGGAAUGGAGACAAAAAAUGGAGGCAUUGCAAAAUGAAAGGCUAAUGAUGGAAAAGAGAUGGAGAGAAAGAGAAGAGCAAUGGAAAAUGAGAGAAGAAGCCAGAGCUGAGAAGAGAGAUGCCCUUAUUACUGCACUUCUCAACAAGCUUAGAAGUGAAGAUACAAGUGAUUAAUUUUUUCCAAUAAAUAUUUUAUUGAGAGGUUAAUUUUCUUGAAAUUCCCUCCAUCUAGACGAAAGAAAAAACUGCCCCAUGCAUGUUAAUUCUCUUCUUUUUCUUUGCAAUUUAUAAGAAGGUUCCGAUUCGAGAA